GAGCGGGGCUCCGGGGCCGCAGCUCGCCCUCGCCCAUGGCUGAGGGCCGGCGGCGGGAGGACGAGGAGGACGAGCUGCGCGAGCGCCGCGAGCUCGGGGGUCCGCGCCGCGCCCGGGGCCGUGCGCUCUCGGGCCACGCGGCCGCAGAUCGCAACGAACGAAAUAAACCAGAGCAUCGUUCUUCCAGCCAAGGACCCUUGUCAUCUAUUAGAGCUGUAAUCAAGAGAUCAUCUCGGACUUCUAUUCAAAGUGAACUUCAUCGGGAUAGGAGACGGCCAGAGAUCACCAUUGUGGCAGCGGAGCCUCUGAGGCCAGCCGCGUGGUUUCCACGAGGCCCACCCCCAGGCCUGGGAUUUCCCCCGACUCCUGAAGCUGGCCCUUGGAGGCCAAAUGAACUGGUUCCUGCUGAGCUCCCACCCUCUUAUGAACAAGUCAUAAAAGAAAUCAACCAAGUUCAAGUUAAUGCUACAAAUAAUAAUAAUGCUGCUGCCACUCCAAGGCACACUAUUACUUCUGCAACUCAGACGGACUUUUUAGAAGAAAUAGACAACCAUCUGCCUCAAACACUGCAGGCACCUCUCAAGCCUCUGCAGCGCCCUCCAACAGUCUCAUGUGGCGAUCUUCCAGCAAAUGUAGCGCCUUUAAUAGUCUUUGAUAUUUCCGAUGAGCAGAAUUGUCCAGAAAACACCAGUGCUACAAGAUGUCCUGUGCCAAGACCAAGAUCAAAAAGCAACCUCAGGCCAAUAGUUAGAGAUACUAACAUUAAAGAAAAAAGUCACCAGAAAAUCAGUCCAGCAAUCCCAGAAGAGCAGUCAUCCCUGGGCCGGCCCCAGUCUCUGCUGGAUAACAACGACUUAGAUAGUCAGACAGUGAUGAACAUUAUGAACACAGAACAAAGUCAAAAUAAUAUUGUUUCAAGGAUCAAAGCAUUUGAGGGUCAGACAAAUGCAGAAACCUCGGGCUUGACCAAGAAACCAGAAAUUACUCCCCGUACACUUCCCCCAAAGCCUGCUGUUUCCUCAGGGAAACCUUCUGUGGCUCCCAAACCAGCUGCUAACAGGGCUUCUGGGGAAUGGGACUCGACUGAAAACAGACUCAAGGUGACCCCCAGGGAAGGGUUCACCCCAUACUCUUCACUGAAAGAAGCAGGAAGCACCCCUGUAACCAAACCUGAAUUGCCAAAGAAACCAACUCCUGGCCUUAUACGAAGUGGUAAUCAUGAGAUUUCGGGAGGAGGGCCUGUGGUCGAGAGUCCUGGUGUUGGGAGGAAAGUCCCAACUCCAGCUCCACGGCCUUUGCUGCCGAAGAAAUCAGCUUCCUCGGAAAACCCUCCGUGCCCUUCAGCUCCACCUAAACCAGUCCCUGUGCCUCCCCGACUCUCGGUAGCAUCACAAGCCAAAGCAUUCAGGUCACUGGGAGAAGGGCCCCCAGCCUCUCCCCCAGUUCCAGCUCUGCAAAGCAAGCCCCUGGCAGACAUUGACCUCAUCAGCUUUGAUGAUGAUGUUUUGCCCUCCUCAUCUGGGAACCUGGCUGAAGAAUUUGUUGGUUCAGAAGUGGUUCUAGAUCCCUUUCAGCUCCCCACAAAAACAGAACCAACAAAAGAAAGAGCAAUUCAACCACCAACCACCAGGAAGCCCACUGUAAUUCGAAUUCCAGCCAAACCAGGAAAAUGUUUACCUGAGGAUCCACAAAGCCCACCUCCACUCCCUGCUGAAAAACCUAUUGGAAACACUUACAAUGUAGUGUCUGGAAAACUCAGUAACGUUGACAGAACAAAAAAUGUGGAACCCGACCAUACAGGUGAAACAGGAAGUUCUGGGCGAGGACCCCCAAGGCUGCCACCAAGACCUGUAAACGGAAAAGUGAUUGUAAUUCGACGACCUCCUCCCAAAGGGGCCCCUGAGAGACCACCUCCCCCCAAACUUUCUGCCACUAGAACAUCAAGCAAAAUGCAUUUCAAUCGGUCCUCUUCUGACAUGGAUCUUCAGAAAAAACAAAGUCACCUGGCAUCUGGACUCUCAAAAGCCAAGAGUCAAGUCUUUAAAAGUCAAGAUCCGGUGCUACCCCCUCGCCCCAAACCAGGACACCCUCUGUACAGGAAAUACAUGCUACCUGUGCCUCAUGGGAUUGCCAGUGAAGACAUUUUGUCUCAAAACCCUGGAGAACUCUCUUGUAAGGUAAAGCAGAGCUCUUUCUUUUUUUGUUGUUGUAUUAAAUUCUUUUAUCCCCGUUUGGCCCCUAAGGAUUCAAGCCAUGCUCAGAAGCCUGUUGACAGUAAUACUCCUCAUGCUGUUGUUCUUCAUGAUUUUCCAGCAGAGCAAGUUGAUGAUUUGAACCUCACAUCUGGAGAAAUUGUUUAUCUUCUCGAAAAAAUAGAUACAGACUGGUACAGAGGGAAAUGUAGAAACCAGACUGGUGUGUUUCCUGCCAACUACGUCAAAGUUAUCGUUGAUAUUCCAGAAGGAGGAAGUGGGAAAAGAGAAUCUGUUUCAUCUCAUUGUGUUAAUAAAGACCCAAGAUGCAUUGCUCGGUUUGAAUACAUUGGAGAUCAGAAGGAUGAGUUAAGUUUCUCAGAGGGAGAAAUAAUUAUUCUUAAAGAGUACGUGGAUGAAGAAUGGGCCAGAGGGGAGCUUGGAGACAGAACCGGGAUCUUCCCCCUUAACUUCGUGGAGCUUGCUGAGGAUCACCCCCGCUCCGGGCCAGAGGUUUUAAGUACAAAGGUACCACUGAAGACCAAAAAAGAAGAUUCUGGCUCAGAUUCUCAGGAUAACAGCCUUUCUGGAGAGUGGUGCAAAGCUCUUCACAGUUUUACAGCUGAGACCAGUGACGACUUGUCUUUCAAGAGGGGAGACCGGAUCCUGAUCCUCGAGCAGCUGGACUCCAACUGGUACCGGGGCCGACUUCGUGACAAGGAGGGGACCUUCCCUGCGGUGUUCGUGCAGCCCUGCCCAGCUGAGGCAAAAAGUAUGUCUGCUGUAGGUCUGAAGGGGAGAAAGGCCAAAGCCUUGUAUGAUUUCCAUGGGGAGAAUGAAGAGGAGCUCUCCUUCAAGGCUGGAGAUGUCAUAUCAGAGCUGGAAUCUGUAGAUGAUGACUGGAUGAGCGGAGAACUAAUGGGAAAAUCUGGCAUAUUUCCCAAAAACUACAUUCAGUUUUUACAAGUCAGCUAAAGGUGACGCUUGACUGUUCCUGGGCAUGAGAACUCACUUGAACUAUCAACUCUGACUAUCAGAUAUGUUUUUGCACUAUUUUUUUAAACAGAAAUAUCUAAGGUGUACAUGGUACAGUAGAAUUUUCUGAAAGCAGAAAACUUGCAGAUUUUGUGGUCAGCUUUCUUUCACAGUAUAAGCGUGUACACAGAAACCCAUGAGCUAGGGAUCCACAAGGGAAACAUCUAGCAGGAUUAGCAAGACAGAGAGACACGUCCCUGGGGAGGGCGUCUGGUGGCACGGCAGCAUGGGGAGGCUUCCAAGCAGAAGUCAGACUUGGACAUCUGUUUUAAUCAGCACAAGUGAAUUAACCAUGCUUCUUCAUUUUUUACUUUAGUUUUAAAAAGAGGACGUUUGACAUUCUACAUGCUGUAACUAUCAGGACAUGGUUGGUAAUCUAAAUUUCAUUUCUGAUACUCAAAUUAAUUCUAACAGCUUGAGCACAUUAGCCUUAGUGCCAGGACAAAUCCUUGCUUCAGGAGGGACAGUUGUUGAAGUAGUCGGAGCGUUUGUAAGCACAUGAAAUCAGCUCCCACUUGCCAAAUGCUCCUGUGUUACUAUUUAUCAUUUGCCUGAAGAUUUGAAAGGGGUCAAAAUUCGAUGUAUCUUACUUAGUGAAAAGAACCAAAACCACCCAUGAAAUGCCUUGCUGAUGCAACUAACCCUUCCACAUAUGUGCCAUACUUAAUUCUUUCCUCAGUGUAUACUUUGUGUUAACAGCACAUUUUCUGAAUCUGCAAUCAUUCCUUUGACAAUAGUGGUACCCAAAGGAAAAUUCAUUUUCUUUGCCUUACCCCAGUAAUAUAUAAAAGCUGUGUCUUGUUAUAGUAGUACAUUAUGAAUUACAUAUGAUAUCUUAGAAUGCAAAGCAAUUGUUAAGAUGAAAAACAGUUCCAAGACCCCACAGCUCCUUUCUGUGCAAUAUAAUCGGAAAGAAAAAUAAUUUGAGAAGACUGAAGGUUGGUACUUUUCCCCCCCAGCUCAUCUCUGCACAAUUAUUAGCGUGAACCAAAAACCACUUUCUUGCCAUCCAUUGUUACACAUUCCAAGCUUAACAGUGGUUCUUUGAAUGACUGAAUCAAUUACAGUUUAUGGGCUUGAGCCAAAUAGGUUGAAGACAAUCUUCCAAACAGAUCAAUGGAAUGAAAUUCCAUUGGAAAUGUGAAAUACUUUGCCAACAAUGUUCAUGACUUUCUUCUAUUUUUGAGAAGAGUUUCAUAUGCUGGACCACUUUUUAAGCUUUUGUUGUUUUUCCCCAUUGUCCAAAAAGCCUAGGCAGCCAGUGAUUCCAGCGUUAGCUGAAUACCAUGAGGAGUUCUGUAAGGAAGCAAUAUUUACUCUGUCCUUGACUGAAGCUCAUCUCCCAGAUGUAUGUUACAUUUGAUUGUAGAGUACAGCAGGUGUGUUUUCUACAUUUUGAGUAAAGAAGAGAGUAUAAAGAAAAUUCUCAUCAAAUUUCUCUCAAAAGUAACUUCAUGAGAAAUGGAUGACUGAAAGCAUUAUCCAAACUACAUGCUCAUUGGCAAUGAGUUGUACAUCAGCAGUAAGGGGCAAAGGUACAGAACGGGACGUGAGCUUUAUGUCUUUGCCUGUAGUUGUAACAUCAUAUAUUGAGCAUUCUGAAAACCUACCUUUACUAGAGAAAAAGAAUCCCUCUUAAAUGUUACCUUCUGUAAGCAGAAUAAGUGCAAUAGUUGUAAAUCUACUUGACACUUAUAAUCAACUGAACAGAACUUCUCAAAGUCUCUUUCGGAAACUAGACUGAAUUUUUGAGUGGGGAUGGUAUUCUUACCUUUAUAUGUCCAGUCCUUUGUACUGUACUGGGUGGAUGCCUGGGUGGGUGGAUGGAUGGAUGGAUGACUUUCACAUUUAGCAAUACCCUCUUAGAUUUACUCAAUAUUAUUUCUCUUUAAUUUGUUGAGAAAAAAUCUAUAUCAAAAUAAAAUUCAUAGUUACCAUGUUCUGUUUCGCUCUA